GAACGAUGCCCCGGAAGAAACGAACUUCUUCGGAAAUGGAGGAUUCAGAAGACGAACUGGAAGAAUCCAGAUUACAUCCCCAAAGGAACGCUGCAAAUGCCAGAGAAAGAGCUAGGAUGAGAGUCCUAAGUAAAGCCUUUUACCGACUGAAGACAACACUACCCUGGGUACCUGUAGAUACCAAACUAUCGAAACUGGACACUUUGAGACUGGCAACCAGUUAUAUCGCGCAUUUGAGGGCGAUAUUGAUGGAUCAGAAUUUGACGUCUUCGGAGAUGAUGCAUAAACAUCCCCUUAGUUUGACAUGGCCGUUCAGUUUCGUGAAAAACGAGAGCAAUUCUGACGGAAACGAAUCCAGAGGGGGAUCAGACUUCUUCCCGUCUUCCUGGACAGAUAUGGUGCCUUCUAUCCAGCCACCGAACGCUGUCAUCGGGGAUAAGGAUGUAUCCUAUUACUACUAAUUUAUGCCUCUUCGAAAAUCUCUUUCUGCACCUCCAGGGUGCUCGGCAUCAACCGCAAAAUGUGAGAACUAUUUAUAAUAUUUGAAUGAUUGGACUUUGAAGGUUUAACAAAUUGCCGUGUCGUUAUAAAAGAGGGUGGAUGCAUUGUGAAAAGUAAUUUAUAAUCAUCCCUAUUUAUUGCUUGGACCCCGCAUUAUCUCUCCGCUCUGUUUGAGUAUUUGUGGAUUAAGUUAUUAUGUUACCUACCUGAUACUGUGGAAAUCUUAGGUGAUUCUAGAAU